CCAGCUUUUGCUUUUUCAGGGAGGCUGGCCGUGUGUCGAGCCAGCGCGCCUGCUUACGCAUUGUUUUGAUCUCUCACGCUAUCGAGAUCACUGCGCUAGCGCAGCCUGAAACGCGUAGCCGUCAUAAAGGCGCUUUCCUAGCCCGCCGCCGCGCGCGCGACAGGCGCGCCGCCGCGGUUGGCGCAAGGAGCCGCUACCCCGAGCUCCACCACAAAAAAGAACAUGCCCCGCCCGCGACGAAGACAACUCCUCCUCGCCGCCCUCGCCACUUUAACGAGCGCCGACCGCCUCCAGGACGAGGGCGUCGAACUGAGAGUGGCCGCGAAACAGACGAGAUGUAUAUAUGAGGAGCUGCCCGAGGGCGUCGGCGGCACGCUCGAGGUCUUCGUAUUGAGUGGAGGCGGCGAGAUGGACAUCGACGUCGCCGUCGACGGGCCCCUGAAAAUUGACGAGGUCAGCGGCCUGCCCGCCAAAAACGGGAAGCCCGCGGCGCGCGUCACGGUCAAGAGCGGCGGCGUGAAUGAAGAUAGGUUCGCUUCUCCUACACACGUGGCGCUCGCCGCGCCGCGCGACGGCCCGGGCGCCUAUUCCAUAUGUCUGGACAACUCGGGAAGCAGGUACACGGAGAAGGUCGUUUCGUUAGCCGUGCGCACGUCGGAAGACAAGGGCAACGCCGCCGUGAAGCACAAGAAGGACAAGAAGAAGGGCGGGCGGAACAGCGAGAAUGUGGAAAAGGUCGAGGCGCGCGUCGUCGCGCUGCGCGGGCAAUUGGCGACGCUCAAGGACAAGCAGGCGCGCGAGCGGCGGCGCCUCGCGAAGCACCGGGCGCUCUAUGAUGCGCGCCACGACGGCAUGGUCCAGGCGUCGCUCAUGGAGACGUGCGUCUACGUGCUCUGCUCGGUCUUCCAGUUGGUGUUUGUCCGGCGCUGGUUCGCGGGGAAAGGCGGUAUGUUGCCGGUGUACAAGGGCAAUAUGGACUAAGUGGCUU